GCGCCCGGGGUGGGGCUCUGAACACCGUGGCUGGGGCGCCCUGCCCGCCGCUGCGCGCUUCCAUUGGCUGCCCAGGCCCGGGCGGGGGCUCCGUCUCCGGCCUCCGCCUCCCGCGGGGUCCACACUUGCAGCGCGGAGCGCGGCGGCCGGGCUGGACCUCGCUGGCCCUCGCUGGCCCGCGGCGCCAUGAGCUGCAGUCUGGACGCCGCGCGGAGCUUCCUGGAGCGGCUGGAAGCGCGGGGCGGCCGGGAGGGGCCCGUCCUCGCCGGCGAGUUCAGCGACAUCCAGGCCCGCUCGGCCGCCUGGAAGGCUGAUGGCAUGUGCUCCACCAAGGCCGGCAGUCGGCCAGAGAACAUGAGGAAGAACCGCUACAAAGACGUGCUGCCAUAUGAUCAGACACGAGUAAUCCUCUCCCUGCUCCAGGAAGAGGGACACGGCGACUACAUUAAUGGCAACUUCAUCCGGGGCGUGGAUGGAAGCCUGGCCUACAUUGCCACUCAAGGACCCUUGCCUCACACCCUGCUAGACUUCUGGAGACUGGUCUGGGAGUUUGGGGUCAAGGUGAUCCUGAUGGCCUGCCGAGAGAUAGAGAACGGGCGGAAAAGGUGUGAGCGGUACUGGGCCCAGGAGCAGGAGCCAGUGCAGACUGGGCUUUUCUGCAUCACUCUGGAGUCCCGUUCUGUGUCCCAGCUACAGUAUAUGUCCUGGCCAGACUGUGGGGUCCUCAGCAGUCCUGACCACAUGCUUGCCAUGGUGGAGGAAGCCCGUCGCCUCCAGGGAUUUGGCCCUGAACCCCUCUGUGUCCACUGCAGGUUCUGGAAAUGGGCUUCAGGAGGGUCUGGUGAGGCACAGGGGACAGGGCAGGGAGGGGAGUGCAGGGCAUGGGGCUAGUCUUGUAGUCUGAGUGCCUAUUUUGAGAAACCUUGCUCACCCCCAUGGACUGUAAUUGUGAGCACUUGUUCAGCAUAGACUCAGCUGGGGAAUAAGCACACAGCUGCUGCUCAACAAAAUGUAAGUGAUUAAAAAGGUUUUCCUUGCUCA